AUGGACCUCCUUGUCAGAAAGAGCAUUGCGAUCAAAGAUCAUGACUCUUCCUUCAUCCGCGUGGUGAGCCUCUUCAUUCAUUUCAACGUAACCAACCUCUUGGUACAGUACUUACUGCCUAACCAUCUUGGCGUAUUUUAUGAGCAGCCAAGCCUUCGAGCAACAGCCUUCAAGCAACAGACCAAGAACACGACCCGUAUGGGUUUGAAUUUGAGUUUUGCGGCGGCUUUGCAUGGAUCCAGUGAACCACGGUGUGACGCCAUUCUUCCAAUCCACCAAUUAACAGCCACUCGACAGACAGCCCGCAAUUCCUCCAACAGUAACAGUGACAGUCCACACUUCCUUCCACCGACAGGCGCCGACGACAGUCAAUAG